AAUUACUCUUGCCUCUUCAUCAUUAUCACAGUUUACAGUUCUGGUUGAGAAUCCAUAUCAAGAAGCUAUAGGGCCUACAUCAGGCAGAAGGAAGGAGGAACAGUCAACAGUGUUUUUUGUUGGUGUGUUUGUGUUGAAGUUGAAGUAGGGGAAUUCAGAAUUCCGUAGAACUCCCACAGUUUGGAAGGAGUGGGGUUGAAUUGGCCGAAUGCCAUUGACUUGUUGAUAGUGGAAGCGAAAGCGGACUCUGACGUUUGUUAUGAGUGCGUGAAUAGUGCUACUGAUAAACGUUAACAGGCAAACAAUUUAUUUUGUUUUGCUAGUUGUGUUGCUGCUCUGAUUGUGACAAGUACUGACUGAUUAUUAGUGAAAUCUUCUUCCUCUUCUACAUCACAAUGUCUCGUAAUCGUGUCCGUGAUUUGAUGAGUGUUAUUUCUAAUGCCUCGUGCAGAUGUCCCUCACAUUCCCAUUCAGGUCCAGCUUAUAAUUUGACUGUGAACAAUAGUACUACGACAAGUUCACUACCAUCGAAGGAUUAUGCAUUCGAAAUGGCUUGCUCGACCAUCAGAUAUGGUCCCGGUGUCACUCAGGAGGUCGGCAUGGAUAUGGUGAACAUGAAUGCGAAGAAAGUGUGUGUCAUGACUGACCCCAACCUGGCCAAGAUGGCUCCUGUUAAGACUACUCUCAGCUCAUUGGCCAAGAAUGGUGUCAACUUUGAACUAUACGAUAGAGUUAGAGUGGAACCCACUGGAGAAAGUUUUGCCGAUGCCGCAGACUUUGCCAAGAAGGGAAAUUUCGAUGCUUUUCUGGCGGUGGGAGGCGGAUCUGUGAUGGAUACCUGCAAGGCGGCCAAUCUCUACAGUGCGGACCCCGAGGCUGACUUCCUGGAUUAUGUCAAUGCUCCAAUUGGAAAGGGCAAACCGGUCACCGUGCCAUUGAAACCGUUGAUUGCCAUUCCCACCACCUCCGGUACUGGGAGUGAAACUACUGGAGUUAGUAUCUUCGAUUAUGAGCCAUUGAAAGCGAAGACCGGAAUCGCAAAUAGAGCUCUGAGGCCAACUCUGGGUCUAGUGGAUCCCAUUCACACCCUGUCAAUGCCUCAGAGAGUUUGUAUUUACAGUGGGUUUGAUGUAUUUUGCCAUGCUCUAGAAUCGUUCACUGCAGUGCCUUUCAAUGAACGUGGACCCUGUCCGCCUAAUCCGAUUCUGAGGCCAGCCUAUCAGGGUCAAAAUCCAGUGUCCGAUGUUUGGGCGAGAUUCGCUCUGCAAGUUAUCGCCAAGUAUUUUAAAAGAGCUGUCUACCAACCGGAUGACCUGGAAGCGAGAUCAAACAUGCACCUGGCUUCCACCAUGGCUGGUGUCGGCUUCGGCAACGCUGGAGUCCACUUGUGUCAUGGACUCUCUUAUCCCAUCUCUGGCAACGUCAAAACAUUCCAACCUGAAGGAUAUAGGUGCGUUCUAAUUCUUCUUUUUUUAGGAGCUGUUUUGGCGGAUACGGUUAGAGAAUUUAUGCAUGUGAUGAAAGUGGAGAACGGCCUAUCUGCUCUGGGCUAUAAAAAGUCAGACAUUCCUGGAUUGGUGCAAGGAACUCUUCCACAGCAUCGGAUCACCAAGCUCGCUCCAAGAGAACAAUCGGAAGAAGAUUUAUCACAGCUCUUCGAAAACUCUAUGACUGUUUAUUAAACUUAGGAAUCGUAAUUUAAUCACAUAUCAAAAAAUGUUUUAUAAGUCUGAUCAUUAUGGGUGUAAGCAUAAUAUUUUAAUCGCAAGAUACGGUAACUUUUAUUGAAGUGCCUUACAUAUAGAUUUAUUGUGUUAUUAUUUGUAAAAACAUAGCCUUCUGCUUGUUUUAAAUAGUUUUCAAAGAGAAUAAUCAACUUCUUGUACCAAAUCUAUAUUAUAUUUUGUAGUGGAAAUUAAAUUUAUCCUAAUUAUUAAAAAUUCACUUGCCACAACUUUUUUGUGGCGUAUUUUUUCAUAUAUAAUUCGAAUGUUUCAAUUUAUAUUUAGAAUGAAAUUUCAUAAAAAAUCACCUACCAUAACUUUUUGUGUCGCUAUGUGGCGUAAUAGCAUAAUACCGUAAUUCAUAUGUGCCAUUUUAUAUUAAGCAUGAAUAUGUUUUUAAAAGUUCAAUAUUACCACCCAAAAAGUACUAUGCAGUUAAUAUUUUAUCAUUUGACUUUUAGAAUUAGGUCUGAUAUCCGUUAAAUUUGUUUAUUAGUAGCUCUGCUGAAAUGUGAUGUUGAAUUAUCAUUGUAUGUUAAUACUGUAUGAAUAAUAGUAUACAAUCAUGAACAAUUACAUCAUUACAAUGCAUUGCUUCUGGUUGUUGAAUUGAUUAUUGAA